CAAUAGAAUUUUAUUCAACCAUAAAAAAAGAGCUUUGCUUACUUUACAUUUGUGUUUGACCCUCUCUCUCUCUCUCUCUCUCUCUGCCUAAUAUCCACCCACCAGAACCGGAGGCCUAUUUCCAUUUUGAUUUCAUACUCUCUCUCUCCAUCUCCUCUCUAUCUUUCUAGUCUUAACAGGUAUUUUAAGGACUCAGGAGGAAACUACCUUUCUACAGUGCUUUUCUUUUGCCACUGCCCAAAGCAAAGCAAAGCAAAACCUGUCUCAAGUCAAGUGUGUUGUUGUUGUUGUUGUUGUGAUCCUUGGAUUUAGAUUAGGAGAAAUAUGUUGGCUGCUAGUGCAAGAUAUGGUCUUUUGAUAAUGGAUGCUGAGCUAUGGAUUUCUUCAAUCUGAUAUAUUCUAAAACUCUUUAUUACCUAUGAUGGCCUCAAAAACUGAUGUAAGAGCUUCCACGAAACAGAGACAGAAAACAGCUGUUGUUCAAACGGUUGAGGCAAAUGAUCGCAGGCCUUCACCUCUGCAGGUUUCAAAGGCAAGCAAAACUGAGUUGGUUCCUCCUGAACAAUCACCAAAACCUGUUGAGAACAAAUCAAAGCAGGUUAAGGGUGAAGCUGCUAAAAAUAAGGAGUCACCAAAUUCUAGUCAAAAGGGGUUGUCUGAUUCUUUGAAUAAUAAAUUUGAUUCAAGUUCUUCCGCACAGGGUCUUGAGCAAGCAUCGACAAGGGUAGAUUCUACCGUAAAUGAGACAAGAGGCUCACUGGGAAGUUCUGUUGAUCAAGAAAAGAAGACAUCGGAGUAUGGGAGUGCUAAAGUUAGUGAUGGGAACAGCAGUCUUGCCAAGACCAGUGGAAGUGCCAAGAUUAGUGAUCGUGUUGAUUUUGUUGAGAGUGGCAAGAGCAGUAUGUGUAGAGGAAGUACAAGCAGUGAUGUAAGCGAUGAGAGCACCUGUAGCAGCUUUAGUAGUAGUAUUAGCAAGCCUCACAAAGCAAAUGACUUGAGAUGGGAAGCCAUCCAAGCUGUUCGAACAAGAGAUGGGGUUUUGGGUUUGGGCCAUUUCAGACUUCUGAAAAGGCUGGGUUGUGGUGAUAUUGGCAGUGUCUAUCUGUCAGAGUUAAGUGGAACUAAAUGUUAUUUUGCAAUGAAGGUUAUGGACAAAGGUUCUCUUGCAACUCGUAAGAAGCUGCUUCGUGCUCAGACAGAAAGAGAGAUAUUGCAAUCUCUGGAUCACCCCUUCCUUCCAACAUUGUACACCCACUUCGAGACAGAUAAGUUCUCAUGCUUGGUAAUGGAGUUCUGUCCUGGAGGAGACUUGCACACUCUUAGGCAGAGGCAACCAGGCAAGCAUUUUCCUGAGCAGGCAGUCAAAUUUUAUGUAGCAGAGGUCCUGCUAUCUCUGGAGUACCUCCACAUGCUUGGGAUUGUCUACCGUGACCUUAAGCCAGAAAAUGUCCUUGUGAGGGAAGAUGGACAUAUAAUGCUCUCUGACUUUGACCUCUCCCUCCGUUGUGCUGUUAGUCCAACUCUUGUGAAAACCUCAUUUAUGGAGUCUGAUCCAUUACGAAAGAACACUGUGUAUUGUGUCCAGCCAGCUUGCAUUGAGCCUUCCUGCAUUCAGCCAUCCUGUGUAGUCCCUACAACAUGCUUCUCACCACGCCUCUUUUCAAGCAAGUCUAAGAAGGACCGGAAACCUAAAAAUGAGAUAGGAAACCAAGUCAGCCCAUUACCUGAGCUCAUGGCAGAACCAACUGAUGCACGGUCUAUGUCAUUUGUUGGGACCCAUGAGUACUUGGCACCUGAGAUCAUUAAGGGUGAAGGUCAUGGAAGUGCCGUAGAUUGGUGGACUUUUGGAAUUUUUCUGUAUGAGCUAUUGUUUGGUAAAACUCCUUUUAAGGGAUCGGGAAAUCGGGCUACGUUGUUCAAUGUUGUAGGUCAGCCUCUUCGUUUUCCAGAAUCACCAGUUGUCAGUUUUGCAGCAAGGGAUCUUAUAAAGGGUUUGCUUAUAAAGGAGCCACAGCAUAGAUUGGCUUAUAAACGAGGGGCAACUGAGAUCAAGCAACAUCCCUUCUUUGAAGGUGUGAAUUGGGCAUUGAUACGCUGUGCGACUCCACCUGAGAUCCCAAAGCCCAUUGAGGUGGAGAGAAUACCUGCCCCAACAGCGUCAACGAGUGAAAAGACUGCUCCCACUAUGCCUGCUCCCAAUCAGAAAGGUUCUGAUAAUUAUCUUGAGUUUGAUUUCUUUUAGUGAUGAUCAGUAUUAAACGGUUUCUGUUGGCGGAGAACUGUUUUGAACAACAUUUCAGGGAUUGAUAGUGGUGAUUAUGAAGUUAUUUUAUUGAAAGUUAAUGGGGACUUUUAUGUUUGGUCUUGCCA